UCAGCACUUGCUUUUGUACAAGUAUACAUUUUGAUCCUCCUAAGUUUGAACGGCAUAAAUAUUCUGCACUUGAAGUGUUCCAGUGUGCAAAGUUCUAUAUCUCGAAAUUCGAAUCUGCCUUUUUUGGCUUCUGUGCUUUGGCGUCGACCAGAGUCGCACUCCACCUCCCCUUGGCCGAGCAGGCAGCCAGAUCACGUCUGUACAGUCGCGAAUUUCACCAUGUUUAUUUACGGACCCGAGGCCGGGGCCGUGGACGCCUGGAACGCCGUGGAUGUCCUGGUUGACGGUGUGCUGCAGCACGGCCGCGUGAUCAACGUAGUGGAGAAGGGCUUGAUCGUCGAUUUCGAUUGCGAGACACAGCGGGCGCAGUUCGUCGAGUACGGACGCAUUUUCCACUUGACUGAACCGCGUGAUGAUUUGAAUCUAAAAGGAGGCGAGAAUGUCCAGGCUCUCGUGCGCGCCGCCCCCGAUGGUCCGUGGCAGUGGUUCCCGGGUAGGGUGGCCCGCGACGGGGGCCUUGACUUUUGCGUCCAAGCGUACAUCGUGGAGGCGCAACUACCACACGGCGCCAUCACGGAGCUGCUGCCCCGGCAACAAGUGCGUUUUGUGCCCUCCAACAACGAGUUAGACAGCCGGCGGAUUCAGCCCACGGAUUUUCAGAUCCGUUCCUGCCUCUUGUCAGCCGUCUGGUUCAACGCGUCGCGUGCGCUCCUAGAUGCCUGUCGACUGCAUCUGCAGCGAAAGCGGUCCGUCUGGUGGACCAAGAUGAGCCACGGGGGGCUGUGGUAUGUGCAGCGAUCCGCAGAUGCUCCGCUGCAACCGCCGGAACUGGAAGCGGUGUGCAUGGAGGGGUUGAAGAAGCAUGAAGGGAAAAUUGCACAGCAACCACUCAGUGCGGCUGCUACGCCGUCAGGGAAAAGGCAGCGCACCGCCAGGGACAGGGGACUGCCCUUAGCCGUUGAGCUACUGGUUGAGACCUUCCAGUCGCUGCAUUCGAUUGAUCGCACGCGUCACCGACGCGUCUGCGCCCUGUGGAACCAACUUCUCACCACCGAAGCUUACUUCCCCGUUGUGCGUAUCUCCUGCCAGCCCGCGGACUGCCCGUUGUCCUGGACGAAUCCCCGCUUCUGGACGCAUGCCGUCCUGCUGCACUGCGUUAACCGCCGCACGACAACGAUCGUUCUGACGCACAUGGAUUUAUUAGGCGACGGCGAAUACGCGGCCAGCAUGAUUCCCCACAUGGCCGGCCGUAUCCCGAGGCUGGUGCUGUAUCAGUGUUUCUGGUCGUACCCCGGGUGCACUGUACGGGACAUUUUGGCCCAUCAUAGUCCUCUCAUGAAAGUCUGCAGUACUGCGGAGCGCGUGGUAUGGUCACAGUGCCGCGUUCGCGAAAAGCAUCUUAAUGUACUAGCUGUCUCGCAGCAUUCGCAUGGCUGCCAGCCAGAAGAACAACUGCGAAUGCAGCUGUGGGAUCUCUUUGAGAAGCAUUUGAUUGUGGACGAACCGGUCGAUCGGAAUGCGGUGUCGGAGUGGAUGAAACAGUGCGCCCAGUACGGCUUCCGCUUCUCCACGACGCUGGCGCUUCACGAUUACCAGAGCGCGGAUCCGCGUCCCUCCAACUGCUAUCGUUGUCGUCGGUGGACGCCCUCCGAUGUCGAGGGACUAGACAUCUACAGUUUAUCCCCGCUGGCGGCGACGGCUUUGCACCGCGUCAUGAUGGAAACGCGAAACGACACUGAUAAGUUUACUGGAUAAUGCUUCUCUCUGUAUAUAUAUGUCAAGUAAUAUACGAGUGUCCGGACUAUGAAGUAUUCGUAUGAACUACCAAAGUUGCAUCACCUGCAUGGUGGGGUUUAGAUUGCCUGUUCAUAUUUGUCCAUGUUAAGGUUUAAUUGAAGAAGCUUUGUCAGUAUUGUAUCCAAUUUACUUGGCAUUUAUGGGCACUGGGCAGC